AUGUCAGUACUUACUCGUCCAAGUGUUGUUUUCGCUAUUGUUUUUGGUUGCUUUGCUGUACUUAUACCUAGAAUUUUAUGGCCAAUAAUCCGUAAUACAUUUGGAUUAAAUCCACCUGUAAAAGAUGACGAAAUAAAUUUUCACCGACCACCAGCACGUGAAAGAAUUAGUGAAGGGGAACAAAUUGAAUAUAUUCAUCUUAUUUAUUUUGAGGGCUCACCACCGCAUAUGCGAGGUUUACAUCCUAGAAUGCGAGAGCAUGCUGAGAAAUCUGAAAAUAGUUCAAAAUCGCUUAUUACAUUUGUCUUACCGAUUUAUGCUGUUGGUAUAUCAAUUUAUCUUAUUUACACGGUGUGCAAGGUGAUAUCAAAACGGAGUACAAAUAAAGAAAAAAAUUGUUUAAAAGAAUACAAAAAUACAUGUUGGGAUUCUGAUAUUAAACAAUUUCACACUAAUGAUGAACACGCAACUGGCCUUUAUACUGAUAUGGAUCCUGAAUAUGCACAAUAUUUAAAGAAGAAAAAAAAGAAGCGAAAUGAGACUGAAAAAUUCAUGACUGCAGAACAAAAACAAAUGCAUCAAACAUUGGCUGACAUGAAAAAUUCUCUGACAUUCAUUAGCUCAAAAUUAAUGACAAAACAAAAAACAGGCUCGUUGGAUGGCGAUGAAAUUACUCAACUUCAAUCGCGUUUAGAAGCAACAGAAAGUCAAAUGUGUCAGGUAUUAAAUGUAUUGCAAACGGCAUCAGAUAGAGUCGGUCAGUUGACAAAUAAUUCAGCAACAACAGUAAAUCAAAACCAACCACCAAUGGCUCAAUCAGCAUUAGCGAAAACGAAAUUAAAUUCAACACUAAAUAAAGCAUCUAAAAAAAAAUUGCCGCACAUCGAGGAUAUUGAAGAUGAAGAGUCCGAUGAAUCUGAUACAAGUGAGACAACAGACGAUGAUCGCGACUUUAAUAACGAAGAAGAAUCGGAUCAAGCUCCUAAUAGUCUGAACGUUAACGACAAACCAUCACACUAUGACACAUCCGAGUCAUUAUCAUCGAACGAUGAAUAUGAGCAUAAUCAGUCCCGUCAUUUAACUGAUCAAGAGGAUGACCCAACUGACUUGAUGGAACUCGGUUAUAUGGAAACAAAUUAUGAUCAACAUCCGUCAACCGUAAACGAUUAUAAAUUGAAAAAAAAUACGACAAAUAGAUUGAACCAUAAAAUAUCAGUGGGUAGUGGUUCGAAUAAUAGUACGAGUAAAAAUCAAACAACACAUUUAUGGAAUAAUCGAAAAAGUAACAGUAAUUCACAAAGUUUUAGUGAUAGUACCUCUGGUACGAAUUCUGAUGACAACAAGACAUAUCAAAACUCCUAUAAUCAUCAAACAAUCUUAAAACACAGAAGAAAGCACUGA